UGCUACGGAAACCAACCAAUAAGAAGUUGGCAAUUGCAUAAUUAUAUAGCUCAUUUUAAAGAGAAAAUGCUAAAAUCAAAACAAACAACUGAAUUUUUUUAUUCUUUUUAUGUUUUAUGAAAGAAAAUUCUUUCGGGAAAAUUAUUGCAUUAUUUAGCUUGAGAGCACUUAAAUAUUGUAUGGGCGUACACUUGCAGUGAAUAUACACGUGAAGACUUUAAAGUGUUUUAUUUCUGAACAUUAUUUUCUAGUUGUCUCACCGAAAAUUAUCUUUUAAUAUAACAAUGUGGAAUUGUCAUAAAUGUGGAAAACCUGUGUUUUUCGCUGAAAGGAAAACAUCAUUGGGAUAUGAGUGGCACCCUGAGUGCUUACGUUGCGAAGAAUGUGGUAAGAGAUUAAAUCCUGGACAGCAUGCAGAGCACAAAGGUGUUCCAUACUGCCACAUUCCUUGCUAUAGUGUGCUGUUCGGUCCUACUUUAUUUGGCCAUGGAUCCCAAGUUGAAGCUCAUACAAGUUUUGGUAAAAUUGAAAAUCGUCAAGGAACUCAAGUUCCCAGAUCUCAUUUGGAAGCAAAGCUACGCUUAUACAAUAGCUAUUUUGAAGGAAAGAGUGGAACAAUUCAAAGCAGAGAGCGCAAUGGUCGUUUAAUUUUGGAAGGCUCCUUAAGGAUAUUCUGGGGCGUAAAUAAUGUCAUCCAUCUUAAAGAAGAUCAUGAUGAUCGAAUUCCUGUUAGAAGACGAAACAGUUGCCAAUUCAUGUCAGAACAGGCUCCCCGAAUUACCAGCAAUAAUAAGUCUCUAACGGAUGAUGAAAAAUCUGCUUUGGUGGAGAAAGAUCCAAAUCUUCUCAACUCUUUGUUAUCAUUACCAAUGAGUGAUUCAGUGCCUUUAUCGGAAAUAGAUCUUGAUGUGAAAAAUGUGGAAAAUGAAGUUGUGGAAGAAGCUCCUGUGUCCCCUACUCAUUAUAAAACUUUGCCUGCUGGAGGAUUGAAAAGUUUAAGAUCUGACAACUCUCAUAUCAUCCACGACAGCACCAUUAAGGACAAGUGUGGAAAUGUUGUUCACCUCCGAAGAAAGCCUCGAGUACAAAAAUCGAAGUUACGAAGGAGAUGCUCCAUAAAUGGACACUUUUACAACAGAGAGACAAGCAUAUUUACACCAGCUCAUGGUAGUGUGACCAGUGUCUGGGUAACAAGUUUGGUUACUGCACCUGAAGUAAUAAAUAUGCUGUUGGACAAGUUCAAAGUUGUUAACAAUCCUAGUGAUUUUGCCCUAUACAUUGUUAGAGAUACUGGUGAAAGAAGAUGCAUUCAAGAACAUGAGUAUCCUCUGUUGGUUAGAUGUAUGCUGGGGCCUAGUGAAGAUGUUGCUAAGGUGUUUAUAAUGAAUAAAUAUCAGGCCAAAGAAGUUACUUGUGAGGUUGCGCAGUAUUUAAAUUUUACUGAAACUGAGCUGAAGAUGUUUUUACAUAAAUUUAAUGAAGAAGAGAAGCGGGAAGCUCAAAAAAUAACCAUGAAGUAUGAAGAAAAGAAAUGUAGACUUCAAUGUCGAAUUGAUGAAUUGAAAGAAAUUCAAGAAACAGGCCUUUAAACAAUGAGCUUAUUUAUGAAUUUUUCUUUAAUCUAUAUUUUUGUGCAAUGAAAAGUGCAGCUUGUGUAAAUAUAUAUUUAUAUAUUUUAACUGUACAAAUUUAUAUUUUAUCGUAAGAAAUUUAUGUUGUAUUUGUUUCCUUUUGCAGUACAUAUUUUAUUUUAUUUAUGACCACCUAUUUUUUAUACUUAAUACCUGCUUUGCUUUAGCAAAAUUCAAGUGCCUUCAGUGCGAAAUCUUCAAUGUGCUGACAUAAAUUCUGCAUAAUCAUUAAUAACUAUUUUUUGCUGAUGUAGUAAUAUAUACAUUAAUUUUAGAUAUCUAUUAAAUAUGAUACUUUAGGUUUGUUGAAAACGCUUUUAAAGUUAAUGUUGUUUUGUAACUUUCCUAUUUUAAUGUGUCUAAUUAGAUUUUAAGAUCACUAAGAUCUAAUGAAAAAUAAAAACUGCUCUUACAAAAGUGUAUUUUUCUCCAAAUUGGAAAAUGUUUUCAAAGAAUAAUUUAGUUAAGGGAAAAUUAUUUUUUAAUGAGUAUUUUAAGUAAGUAUCAAUUCUUUUGCUAUUUCACAAAUCCUCAAACAUGUUUUUUUCAUCAAUUAUUAAAUUCUUUUAACAGGGUUCCCACGGUCCUUGAGAGUCCUUGAAAGUCCUUGAAUUUUUUUUUACUAAAUUUAGGUCCUUGAAAGUGCUUGAAAAACAUCUUAGGUCCUUGAAAAACUUGAUAGGUCCUUGAAUUUGUCGAAUACUGCCGACGGCCCUUUUUAUAAAACAUCCGCGGAUCU